CUAAACUGUAGCCGUUUGGGCUGAGGGAAAAAUAAUCCGCUAGUGUUAGCUCUGUGGUUAUUUUGCUGAUGAACUGAAACCCGCCUCCAAACAAAGCUUGUCUCCACUGAGAGGCUCUCAUGGAGAUCAUCAAGAAAGGGGAUAAUGGAAAAGAAAACACCGUGGGCCCUUCUGGGGAGAUGACGAAGGAGGAUGUUUCAGAGCCUGCUGAAGGAGAUGCUGUCCUGGGCUGCUUCACAAGAAAUGCUCCCCACCAGCGGGCGGUUAUCCACCAGGUGGCUUCUGCACCCAUGCCCAGUGACUCUGAAUUUUCCUUCUUUGACCCGUCUGAGCCGCAGUGCAGAGAAAUUCUUCAGGAUCCCAACACCACCAUACCUGAGCUAUUUGCUGUCCUCAGGCAAUGGGUACCUCAGGUUCAGAAAAACAUUGACGUCAUUGGCAUUGAGAUCCUGAAGAGAGGUUGUGGUGUGAAUGACCGAGAUGGAUUGACCGAUAUGAGCCUUCUGCACUACUGUUGUAAGGCUGGGGCUCCUGGAAUUGGUGAUGCAGAAACGGCAGCUAGUUUUGCCCGUCAGCUCCUCGCCUUGGGUGCUGAUCCCAACCUUCGUUCACGCUGGACUAACAUGAGGGCGCUGCAUUACGCUGCCUACUUUGACGUUCCCCAGCUGGUCGGUGUGGUGCUGCAGGCCUCUCAGCCUGGAGAGGUUGAUGCCACCUGCAGUGACUUUGAGUUUGGCACAGCUCUGCACAUUGCUGCAUCCAACUUGUGCACAUCUGCUGUCAAACGUCUCCUGGAGUUGGGAGCUAAUCCAGCUUUCAGGAAUGACAAAGGGCAGUGUCCAGCAGAUGUUGUACCUGAUCCACUGGAUAUGCCCCUGGAGAUGGCAGAUGCUGCCGCCAUGGCCAAAGAGCUCCGGACUCUGCUGAGGCAGGCUUUACCAAGACCCAGCUCCCCUUUACCCCUCACACUUCAAGGCCAGGUCAUCCCUGCUGUCUCUGAUAAGGCCAGGAUUCAGCUCACAUCCAUGGGAAUCCGACUCGGGGAUCGUGUGGUGAUUGCUGGACAGAAGCAGGUUGGGACGUUACGGUUCUGCGGCAGCACAGAGUUCUCUGGAGGCCUGUGGGCUGGAGUGGAGCUAGAUAAACCAGAGGGGAAGAAUAAUGGCUGCGUAGCAGGGGUUCAGUAUUUCACCUGUCAACUCAAACAUGGAAUUUUUGCACCCCUGUCCAAGAUAAGUAAACCCUUGGAAAAACAUAAAUUGAACUCUACAAAGCCUCCUCUGCGCCCUCCUCGUCGCAUUGACGUAUCCCGUGUUACGUCCAAGAUUAACACAGGUUUAUCAUCCUCUGUUAAAGAAACACCUGACAGUGAAAAGCAUCCACCAUGUCCCAGUCAAAGCACAGAGGACCACACCUCAGUCAAUAACACAGGCAUUCUUUCCCGCUCCCUUUCGUCUUCAUCAUCUUCGUUGGACUCUCGUCAUGGGUCAGGUGGCCGACCUCGUCCGUUGCCUAGGCAGCGCCUCCCUGCCAGGCAGCGAAAGGAGAACAUCUCCCCAGGUCCCAGGAUGACACCAUCACCUGCACUCCACUCCUCUUUCCGCUCCUCAGCUCCUCCGACUGCAGGUUUCAGAAGUAGAACUCCCUCAGGAAGCAGCUCGUUGUAUGACAGCUCUGAGGUGCAACAGGGGGAGAGGGUGCUGGUGGCGGGACAGAGAACCGGUGUUGUUCAAUUCUGUGGAAAAACCAGCUUUGCUCCUGGUAUCUGGUUAGGCAUUGAACUGGACAAGCCAAAUGGCAAAAAUGACGGCUCAGUGGGAGACGUGAGAUACUUCAGCUGCCCUCCAAAACAUGGAGUCUUUGCUCCUCCGUCUCGUGUUCAAAGGAUCCACGGUUCCGUUGACUGCCUUUCAGAGCUCACCACAUCACGACUCAGUCAUCCAGUCAGUGGGACAAUUCGUCGCAGCUUCAGCACAUCAUCAGCCAUCGCCACACCAAAGGAGGGGAACAGGAGGAGCCCGGUUUCCAGAAGUCGCUCUACCCCUCACCGCCGUCGCUGGAGCACCCUGAGUGGGAGCAGUGGAGGACUUCCUGGAAGCAUGGCAGGAUCCAGUCUGUCGUCCUGCUCUGACGGCCAGGUGCGUCUUCAUGUGGGCAUGCAGGUCUUCCUGACCAGCGCCAACGAGAUGGCGUUCAUCCGCUUCUUGGGAGCCACAGACUUUGCCCCGGGGCUCUGGCUGGGGUUGGAGCUUCGAAGCCCAAAGGGGAAGAACGACGGGUCUGUGGGCGGCCACCGCUACUUCACGUGUCGGCCCGGCUAUGGCGUGCUGGUCCGGCCCAGCCGCGUCACCUACCGUGGCAUCAACGGUUCCCACUUGGUGAAUGAGAAAAGCUGAAAACUGGGGGUGGGUUGAAUGCAAAGAUCUUUGAACUUUUUGCAUUCUCUGUGCUGCAGAACUUGGAGCUAAAUAAAUAACUGCUUAUUAGCCUUUAAGGUCUAGAGGCAAAAAGCACUUUAUAAAGUUAAAGAUAAAUUUGUUUUUCAUUAAUCUCUCUGCACUACUUAAUCUGAUUGCACUGACAAGCCUGGUUGUUAUAGAAUAAGAUUAGAUUGGGUGUUUGCAAAACAUCUUUUAAAACAAAGAGCUAAUUUUGAUCACAUCAGCUGGGAUUUUAUCAAAUAAUUAUGAUUUAAUUAAGGCUGUUUAUGUGUUAAUGUGAGUGCAUGUCAGUCAGGAGCAUAUUGAAACAGGAGAUUAUGCAACAGGGUCAUAGUGUAUGUGAUGUCAAAGUUACUAUUGGUUAUUAUGAUUAAAAAUGUUUAUCUUAAUCAGGAUACAGCCACAUUAACAGCAUUUAUUCUACAGACUGUUAUUUUGCUACAGAUAAAUGAUUCUGUUUGGUGUCAGUUUGCAUAUUUAACCUGGUUAGGGAUGGUUGGUGGUAAUACGACUAAAAAUAUUUUUUAUUUGAAAUCUCUGCUGUGUAAUAUAUUUUUAUGCCCUAAUGUGUUGCUAGUAUGGGGGUCAGUAGAGUAACCACUGAAAGAAGGGAGUCGAGCCACUUAAAACCGGAAAGUUGACAUCAGGAAACCCCAUAUAGACAAACAAUCAGCUGAGGUAUUGGGUCAUUAUUUGGAAGCAGAGCUGACUGUCCUUUAUGGCUUAAUGGUUCCCAACUCUGAUUCUUGAUGCACACUGUCCUACAUGCUUUCAAAGGAAUCAAGCAGGCUGCAAGCCCUUCUGCUCAUACAAUGCAAGAGCAUAUUUCUACCAAAACAAAAAUUCCUUUAGAUGUAACAUGCCUUUCCUGCCAUUAUGUUUGAUAAUGAAUAAACAUAGUUAAGAAAACACUUAAGCCCAGAAUAUAUAAGAAAUAGUUAAAAACAUACAGUGACCACACAUUAUAAAAAGCACAUCUAGGUAAAAGAUAUUGACAUUUCGCCAUAAUCCCAUACAGUCAAUAACACUUCAGAGAUAGAAGUGUUAUUGUAGGAAAUAUUAGUUUGUCCAGAAAUCGAAUCCAUGUUGUAGAAUUUGGUCCACAUUGAGUAGUUUUCAUCCAUUACUAACAAGGCUAUAAAUGUUCAUUUUGACACAAUCAUAUCAUACAUUUUUGCAUAAGAAAAAGUAUUUUGUCCACCUUUUGUGGUCUUAACUGUGGUAAUCCAUAUAACAGUACUCGAGUAAAGUAUGUUUUUAUGGAAUAGCAUUUAAUGGGCCAAAAUAAUAUGGUAUGUCUAAUUAAAACCGCUUGACACUAGAACUAUAUAAUCAUCCACAAGUUACAAGGAUAUAACCUGAUUAGUGUGUCUGGGCAGCUCUUCGGAGAACGAGCCAUUGAUUGUGCAUGUGGAAAACAAGGCCUCUGUUCAGCAAAACACUCAAGGCCCGUCCAAUUAGAGCAUGCUGGCCACAACGGCAGCAGCAGAAUCUCCAGCGGCCUUCCCUCAUUGAUCUGUUUUGGUCAGGCCCCAGGUGAUUGAAAAGCUGAAGCCAAGGUUGUCUGAAAUGUCUGCAACAGAUGAAUGGUAGAAAAAAAAACAAUAACGGUCUAUCUAAAGUUGAAACAUUUCCAUCUACACUCAGAAGAGCUUCUCCUUUAUAUUAAAGCCACCUUUGAUGUUUUCUCUUUUCACAUCUUCUUUGUUCACCUGUAGUUUGUUGGAUGGGAAUUUCUGCACUAAUGAAAAGUCUUCACUGGGUGUGACAGAAGUGGUUCAGUCUUAUGAUUUUACAUGUUAAAACCUUUAAAUAAAAUAAGUCUUUCAUCAUGUC